UUGGAGACGAAAAACACUGUAUGUGCUAAAUAACACCGAUAGAUUGUGAUUCUGUCGGCUAGUCAAGAAAGAUGCCUGGCAGUGUAAUCUCAGCGGCUGGAAGUCAGUCUUCAUCAGCCUCAUCAAGAAGAGGUAAAACUAAGAAUUACAGGACUGUAAGCAACCAUUCACAAGUAGAUGAAUCUUUAUUUGGUGCCCCAAACCAUGUCUCCAAACGCCAAGAAUUGCUUCAGGAAAAAUGGAGCAACCAGGACGUUUCAAUUGAACAGAUGGCACACGAAAGGAGUGCAAAGAGGAAAAAUGGCAAUGGAAAGAAAGGAAAAGAAACAGUUCAAGUGAUUACAAAAGAUCUAAUCCGAAAUUUAAUAGUUCCAACAGCAGAUCCGUCUGGACAGUCCAUGGUCCUGUCACGAUAUGAUUUCUACAGGAUCCUAAAAUCAGCAGAAGUUUUAACUAAAGAACAAAAAUUAGCUGAACAGAUGCGUAUUAAGGAAGAGAAACUAAGAGAAGAGGAGGAGUGCCAAAGACGAAAAAAUGAAAUGAAGGAGUACGACAUGGAUAGGAGGAAAAAUGAGAAACUUAACGAUUUAGAACAAGAGGCAAAAGAGAAUGCAGAACACUUAUUGGCCAAGGCUAAUGAAAUGAGACAGGAACAGGAGGAUGAAAUCAAACAUCUUAAUGAGCUUAUCUUGAAUGCUAAAUGCCAUGCUAUUCGAGAUGCUCAGAUUCUCGAGAAACAUCAGAUUAAGGGUGAGAUGAUCACUGAAGAAAAGCGUCUAGACUCCAUGAUGGAGGUUGAUCGACAGAACGCCAUUAAGAUUCAAGAGGAGAUCGAAAAACAGAGAAAGGGGGAGCGAUACCUAGGGGCUGCUAAACUCCUGGACCAAAUCCAGGAGAAUGAACAAUCACGUUUGUUUGAGCUGGAGAGGAAGGACAUGGAAAAUGUACAGAUGCAGAAAUACAUUGAGAAAAUGAUGGAGGAAGACAAGACAAGUCUUGAGAAGCGUAAAGUUGAACAGACUAAUCUCAGGGAAGAGCUAAACAAAGCCAACGAAGAGAUGAUUCAAAGGAAGACUCUCAGAGCUGAGCAGGAAAGAGCAGAGGAGGAGAAGGUCGUGGAGUACAUGAAAAAGAAAGCUGAGAGAGAGGCUGCCUUUGAGAAAGAACAAGAACGUAUCAGGAUUGAAAAGGAGAAAGAGACUUCCCGAUUACGAGCACUUCAGGAACGUGCCAGGGAUGAACAAGCUGAGAGGGACGCCCUGCGAGCCAAGCGUGCCCAGGAACAGACCGAAAGGGAAUGGAGGAAGAAGGAGGCAGAGGAAAUGCGCAAAAAAGCUGAAACGGAAGCCAUGUUGAUUGACGCACGUGCCAAACAGAUGCACCAGAAGGAACAUUUCUUAGCUGUCCAGGCACAAAGGGAACGCGUCGAGUUCGAGAGAGUUCUUCGAGCUCAGAAGGAACUUGUGGAGAAGGAACGUCGAGAGGAGGAAGAAUCUGCCAAGAAACGACAUGCUCAUGCUGAUGAUGUUCGACACCAAAUUCGCCAGAAAGAAACACAGCGUAUUAUGGAGCGUAAUGCAUUCUUUGAAGAGGGUGUUAAAUUGGACGAGGAAGCUCGUAUCAGACGAAACAAAUUAGAGGAAGUGAAGAGGAAGAAGUUAGGAGAGUUGAGAAAUGCUGGAAUUCCAGAAAAGUAUUUGGCACAAGUGGAAAGAAAAAUUACAGCACCCCAGCAAGUCAGUGCUUGAGGAAUACCUUAUAAACUGUCAAACAAACUUUCUAAGGAUUAAGAUUAAGAUAUAAUCCACACCUAUGAUAUACAUUCCCUGAGGAACAACAAGAGUGAUAUAUUUAAAAUUUGAAAAAAUGGAAACCCCUUUAGAGUUUAGGUUUGUUUAUUUCAAGUAUGAAGCUCACAAAACUAAAAUUCAGGUUACAGAGUAUGAACACCUCAGAUAUUCAGUUACAAGAAUGAUGGUCAAUUCA